UAUUCUGAUCGUUUAAUGCAAUGAUUUCCUAAUAGAACACCCAUAAGAAUUUACGUUAUAACUGGAUAGAAUCUUUCAUUUUAAAAUGUUGUUUUCACGAAUUUCAUCCGUUGUUGCACGAAGACUCACAACAAAUGCGACCAAACAAGGAUUCCUUAGAAGCACCCAGCAAACUGGUAGCCGGCGAUUAAUGAGUGGUGGUGGAGCCGAUAUCAGUCCCAUGGAAACUGCUGUAUGGCUCAUAUUUGGUGGAAUUCCUAUUGCUGCAUGGGGUCUUUACCAAACGGCUCAAAUUAAGGCCCGUGUUGAGGCAUAUGAUGCUGGAGAAAUUGUUCCAAUCAAAACACUCAGCAAUGAUGAAUGGCUGGAGUUUAAGGGAAAGGUUAAAGAAAGAUUGGCCGCCAAUGAAGAGGAUGAGGACGAAGAUGAGGACGAAGAUGAAUCUGGCAGCGAAACAUCAGAAGCUGAGGAAGCCACUGAACUACAGGAAGAAGAGCCACAAGCAGUUGAACAAGAGAAUGGUGCUGUUAGAAAAGAUGGAAAAGACACCAUUAUAUUUGUGGAGAAAUAAAAACUUUUGAUGCUGGUAUCUCUCCACAACCCACAGUUCCACAAUCUGCUAGAUUACCAACUUAAUCCUUUGCUGUGAAAACGCAUGUGCUUAGUGUGUCAAAAUAAAAGAAUUUUCAAUGAUCUGGUGUUUUUAUUUCGAUAUCUGAAUACGAAAUACCUACAACGGAUGUAAAACUAGUAUAAUAACACUGAAUUAAUGAUUUUUUUUUGUUUUUCAGAUUAACUUCAUCUAACUAUUUGUCUUUGUGGGACUCUGGCUUUUAUUUUAAUACAAAUUUUGAGAUAUAAAUAUUCUGAUACCCUUGAAAUAAAGAAUACAAAAAGUG